AUGGCUAUCUUAGGCAAGCGCAAGGCUGAGCCUGAGCCUUUAGUAUCCCGAGAAGACGCUGCAGCCAUUUUCAGACGACAUUUCGAGGCGGAAUUUGCACCCCUGCCAGAGGCGGAAACCGCUAGAUCGGAUUUCAAGAAGACCAAACAUGAGGGAAGCAGCAACGACAUCGAGAGCAAGGAAGAGGAGGAUAACAAUAAUAGUGACGGGGACGAUGGCGAAUGGGGUGGGCUCUCCGACGAGGACUCUGUCACAGAAGAACAAAAUCAAACAAUACAGGUCGUAGACCACUCGAGCAAGCAACCGCCGAAACCAGCAUCAAUGUCAAAACGAGAGCUCAAAGCUUUCAUGUCAUCACGACCUCCAGAGCAAACAAUACCCAAGACCGAGCAGUCUCUAUCAGCGACUUCAUCGUCCUCAAACACCCUCCCCGAAGACGCACCCUCCCUUCUAGCCCAAGACCUUGAACUCCGACGACUCCUUGCAGAAUCGCAUCUUCUCGCGCCGGCCAUCUCAGCAUCGGGUACCACUAUUGCACCCAAGGCUUUUGCUACAGGCCGCACUCGUCAAAAGGCUACGGACUUGCGCGUCCAGGCUCUAGGGUCCAAAGUGUCGAUUCACAAGCAAGAAAAGAUGCCCAUGAACAUGCGCAAGGGUAUUGUUGCUGCGGCAGACGCACGAGAAGCGAAGCGCCGGAGAGAAGCUAAGGAGAAUGGAGUGAUCCUCGAACGAGAGACUGGUAAGAAGAAAGGGCGUAGAGAUAGGGGAAGGGAUGUUGCUGUUGACCGACCGGGAGUUGGUAGACUCAAGGGGGCAGAACUACGCUUGAGCGACAAGGAUAUCAAGAGCAUAGAGGGUGGAAGAGAUGCGUUUGGUAGGAGAAGCCGGCGUUAG